AUGGAAAAGUUUGAGCAUGUUGAAACUAUGUCGCGACCACAUAUCACGCAGUCCUCAGAGAAGAAUAAAUAUGAAGCAAUUCUGUUUCGUUGUGGCCGACGUGGAGAAACUUCUAAGAAAAUGAAACGUAAUCAGGAAGAACUAAAGAAACAUGAAUAUGAUGGCGUCAGUGCACCUAUGAGUACAUCAGAACGGGGCUGCCGUGCUGGCAGAAAAUCUUCAGUUCAGAGACGGACUUGUGAAUUUCGCAGAAGUCUCGAAGUCCCCCCCCCAGAGCCCCUGCUUCAGAUGGAGUACACCGCCAAAGCACAGCUCCGUAGCGCCCUCGUAAGUGUGGCAACCGUCUGCGCCGAAGGUUCCAAGCCCGCGCACAGGGGUCGCUGUCACGAGAAGAGGUCCUCCAGCUCGGGCGGCGUGAAGGGGUGGCCCGAGUCGUUGGGCGAGAAGCCCGUCGCGCCCAGCGACUCCAUGAGGGCGCCCGGGAGCAGCGCUGCGGUCGGCGGCGGGGGCGGCGGCGCGAACUGCGGGCCCAGGGGGGCGGCGGCGUCGGGCAGGCAGAACAAGUCGUGCGGAGACAUGUGGUAG